AUGGUGAAAUCAGACGUGCGCAAGGAUUACUAUGCGGACCUUGGGCUCCAGCCCAGCGCGGAGGCCGAAGACAUCAAGAAGCAAUUCAGAAAACUAGCACUCAAAUAUCACCCAGACAGAAACCCCGGACGAGAAGUCGAAUUCAACGCUAAAUUCCAGGCCAUCCAGGCCGCCAACGAGAUCCUCAGUGACCCCUCACUACGACUUAAGUACGACACGGAUCGUUUACGCGCGGGCUAUGGCAAGUGCUACGGACCGGCCAAGGCGAAUACACAGCGGAAAACACAACCUCCCACCUAUCCUCCUCGCCCUACACCAACUGCCUCGGCCUCUGCAAAUUCACAGUACGCGAAACCGAGCCCAACUACUCCAUCGGCUGGCGCCCGACGAUAUGCAUCCCACGCUCGUGCCGGUCCGCAACAGUUCAAACAACAGGACAAUGCGCAAACAAGAGCGGAUGCAUUCCGUGGAUUUAAUAAUAUGAGAGGAGCUCAGGCGCCUGGAUGGCAGGGCUUCGAUCCUGCAACUGGUCGUGCCACGGGUGGUAUCCCAGUUCCUGGGGCACAGCGUCAUCCCUUCGGCGCGUCUGCACAGGCUACCCGGCCUAAAUCUGCAUUUGAAGCUCACAAUUCCCAUUCCAACGCGCAGUCUUUCAAGAAGAAGCAGGGCUUUGCGCCAGGAGCCGCUGGAGGAGACGAACCGAUGGCUCGCAACACCUCUGCUUAUAGCAAUAACAGUCGGACCGAGCGGAUGAGCAGCCAAUACUUCAAGCCUGCGGUGCCCCCAACUGCGAAGAAACCGGCAUCACCCGAGCCUGGACCCCAACCUCGCCAUUCAUACACCCCGGAGUUCGAACGGCCCAGCAGAAGCUACGCCCAGGCGGGCAAGGGUGAGAGGACUUUCUUUUCAAGCACUGGGUUAGGACGUUCCGCGACCAUGCGAACCCCUUCGGGUUCCUCCAAUCAAAACACACAUACAGGUAAAAGCAGUCCUGCCUCUGGCCGAUCUGGGAGAUACCGUAGCGCCAGCCCUUCGCCCAGGCGGAAUCCCAAUAACUAUGACUCUACCAGCUCAAGUGAAGGAGGAGAGGCUCUGCCCAAACCGAAGGCUGUGCCAAAGAGUCGACUCGGGCCACACCAAAAGUUUGCCGAUUUCUAUAACACAGGAACAGCAAGCGCUGGAAAUGGUAUGGACUACACUUCCUUCCUCCGCUCACUAUGGUUUCCAAACAUCGAGCUAUCAGAUGAUAGCGACGAUCUCUGUUCACGCCAUCGGCAUUAUUUCCCUCAUCAACGUACCCCUGCUGACAUGGACGGCCUCAAAGGACAUACCUCGGAUAGUGCUGCUUUCCCCAAAAGCUCGUAUCGAUCGGAGCAGAAGCCCAACCUGUCGGGCUCUUCCUCGCCUCUCAACACCGACUCGGCAAACAAUACACCAAGGCCCCAAUCUGCCGCAUAUGGUCGUAGCAGCACAAGUGACUUGCACAAGAAGUUUUCUGCUGAUGAUUGGCGGGAUCAUUUGGGUCAGUUUGAUUUCCUAGGAUCUGCUUCACCAAGCAAGGAAUCUCUUCCGAGAUCGCCUGCCUCGCACAGCCGUGGGCGUACAAGCCUUCGAAACGGCCCGACGCAAACAUCGUCGACUAGAUCCCCACUUCCAAAUCCUUUCGGCUCCACGCCUCUUUAUCAAGCUUCACAGUCACAGCAGCAGCCACAACCCCCAACCCCCUUUGCACAGGCAAAGUUCUCUGCAGAUUCGUGGUCUGAGCAGCUUCGAAACCUCUCGUGGAAUUUGCCAGAGGCCGAGAAAGCUAAACAAGCAAAUGCUGCGCCGCCCCGUAGUCCCAAGAAGCAGCCCAGAGCAGGCGUCAAAGUACGGAGUGCUCCGCAGCCGGCAAGUGUUGCUACCGAAGCAGAAGAAGCCAAAGAAACUGUCAAUGGCCAUGCUCAUAUGCCAACUGGGACAGCAGCACCGGAAGUUGAAGAGAUGGACCUUGAUUAUGACCUUUCCACUCCUCCGAGUAUGCCAUCCAAAGUACCAGGAGAAAGACCAAGCAGUGGCAGCCAUCCCGAUUUAGCUUCGACUGCGCCAGAUGCACCCCCAGUCAAGAAGCCAAAGCCUCAAAGCACAGAACCCCGUGCCCCUCUAUUUAACCUCGAUAAUCUCCGCAAUACUGUGCCAUUCACCAAUCCGAGCGGCGGAGGUAUCGAAAACCUAGAAGACUUCCACACCACUCUCCCAUUCGAAUCCCAAGCCAAGCAGCAAAGAGCCACAAAAAGCGACAUCCGCCCCCGCGCGCUUGAACUCCCAAACCCUCCCAAGCGACCCUGGGCUCCCAAACCAGUCUUCCUAGGACCAACCUCUAAGCACCUCGUCCUGCCUAGGGAAAAAUGGAACUGGUACGUUUCAGCAAUGGGGGCAUACAUGCAUGAAUGGAACGCGUUCAACGGCCGCAUGCUCACACACUUCAACGCGCGCCAACAAGCAAACGAAACCGGUCUUUCACCCGGUUGGAUCAGUGCCGUUGGGGACUCGACCCGUCUCAAACUCAAUGGCGCAGAUGACGAUAGCAUCGACGAGCCAGCCAAGAAGGAUUUCGAUGAUUAUCACAUUGACGAAUUCCUCGUCCCUGGUAGCAGCAAGGGUGGCUUCAGUGCUUAUCUCCGUGGUAUCGAGGAGGACAUCCAAGUGCGCAAGCAUUGGGAAGUUGCCUGUGAGAUGCACCGGGAAUGCAUCCUUGAUCUUGGCCGAUUGAGAGAAUGGAUUCGAGAUGGUGGAAAGGUGGCUUAA